GUUUUUUCUCGUUCGUUUGUUGGUUUCGUUCAUCGACCAACUUGUAUAAAUUGUUUUGUUUUGUGAUAUAAUUUUAUUAACUAUGUUUAAAUUUUACAUAUAUAAUAAUGAUAUCGUGUAUAUUGCCAAAUACUGAACGUAAUAAUAAAUGCCUUACAACCUACGUUUUGUGAUUUUUAAGCAAUAGUAGUGAUAUUUCCCACAUAAUUAUGGUUAACUGACGUACGGGCUGUGCAUCCUCAAUUAUGGCAGACCCAGGAUAUUACCACAGCGAUAUUCGUUACCCUGUUUUACACGAUCUGGGUGUCAAGUAUGGAAUAAAGACUGAGUGUAUUCCAGAAAUAGCUUUACCGUCUAAGUUGGAGGAGCUCAAGGAUGUUAUACGUAGGGAGAUACGUAAGGAACUCAAAAUAAAAGAAGGUGCUGAGAAACUGCGUGAAGUAGCAACUGAUCGAAGAUCUCUCUCAGAUGUAGCAAAUAUUGUGAAGAAAGCAAACAUAAAACUAAACGAAUUAAAGUCAGAUCUACAAGAAUUAGAGUCGCAACUAUUGUUGUCACGCGGUCAGUCUACUCCUACUUCGCCAGAAGAUUUGUCCUAUGAUGAAGAGAUUAUCCUGGCUUCCGAAGCGGCGCAACAGCAGCGGCAACUAGGUGAAGGCACAACUGAUCGAAAACUGGCAUCUCUGGAAAAGCAGCUAAAUAUUGAACAGAAGGUAAAACAAGGUGCUGAAAACAUGAUACAAAGCAUUAGCAGUAGUAACCAGUCUCGGGAUAAGAAACUUCUUGCAGAAGCUCAUCAAAUGCUUGCUGAUUCAAAAGAUAAGAUAGAGUAUUUAAAGUUGCGCAUAUCCAAACUUAGUAAACAACAGAAAGGUGACAGCGCUGGUGCAAACGGUGAUGGUAGGAGUGCAGAUGUAAGUGGUGUUGAUGCUCUGCUUGAUGAAAGAAUUGCAGAAUUACGAAAUAGACUCAGAAUUGAAGCAGCUGUUGUUGAAGGCUCAAAAAAUGCUAUAAGACUCUUACAAAGUGAUAAAAAAGUCACUGACAAGAAGGCAUUGCAAGAAGCCCAGAUGAGCCUUUUAGAAUCUUCCCAGAAACUGGAAUUAUUACGUAUUUCAUUAGAUAUGCGCAGGCAGGAGCUGCCAUCAGAGAGUCCUGCAUUUAUUGAACUUGGGCAUGAGUUGCGUACUACGGGAUCAAGCACAGGAUAUGUUAGCCUAUCGGGCAGUAAUGUAUCUAGAGCUCAAUUUCUAUCACCAGCUCCUAUGAUCAGCCCAUGUGUACAAGUAACAGGGACAUUGGAGGUACGACUCAUGGGUUGCCAAGAUUUGUUAGAGGAUGUACCUGGGCGCAGUCGGCGUGACCCUUUAGCCAGCCCUUCAGAUUUGAAGUCAUUUGUUAAAGGUGUGACAAUUCGUAACUCUAUGAAGUAUACAUACAGUAUCAAGGAAGACACAAGUAAUGAAAUCAUGGCAGUUUUAAAGUUAGACAAUCACUCAGUUGCUCAAACCAGCUGGAGACCAUGUUCACAACAAGCUUGGGACCAAAGGUUUACAAUCAAGUUAGACAAAUCAAGAGAACUUGAAAUUGGUAUACAUUGGAAAGAUUGGAGAGGACUAUGUGCUAUAAAGUUUUUAAGAUUGGAAGAAUUCAUUGAUGAUAUACGACACGGUAUGGCCCUGGAACUUGAACCAAGAGGUGUAUUAUUUGCUGAGAUUAAAUUUUUGAAUCCUAUCAUAUCCAGAAAACCAAAACUUCAAAGACAGAAAAAAAUAUUUAAACAACAAGGGAAAAAUAUCCCAAGAACAUCAUACGGUGAAAUGCAUAUUCCUGCUGUUGUACUUGGUAGACUACUGAAACGAUCUUCACCAUCAAUACAAAACAUCCAAAGUGCUCAUAUUACUCAACAGCAAUCCAGCUUUGAUUCUAAUGCUCUUGACCACAGAGAAAUGGAAAAUCCUAACACUACUCUUGGUGGAAUGGCUGGAGUCAGGCCCCUUGAUCUACCUUCCUCCCCAACCACACCACAACUGUUAGCUACUGCACCACCAAAACCAACUCUACCUUUGCAGCCACCCCCCAAUGUAUCAACCCUUCGUAUGGAAAAAGAACUUCAAGAAGCAUUUGCAUUUUUAGAAGAUUCAUACACUAGGGAAAAUUAUGUCACAAAAGAUCCCCAAAGCCAAUGUGAUACACCAUUGGUUGAGUAUCCACCCUCUCCAUCACCUAAAUUAGUUCUUGAAUUUCCAAGUAAUGAAGACCAAAUAGUAGAGGUCACUAGUAACAUGAGAAUAUCAUCAUCCCGUUCAUCUUCAGUAAUAGAAACUAUGAAUAAAGGACAGGAUUCUAGAAGGCAGUCAGGCGACAUGUCCAUGAGCAGCUUUAGAUUGUUAAGUGUAUUAGGGAGAGGGCAUUUUGGUAAAGUAAUUUUAGCUCAGUACAAACCAACUAAUGAAUAUUUUGCAAUAAAAGCUUUAAAAAAAGGUGAUAUUAUAGCGCGAGAUGAAGUAGAUUCAUUAUUAUCAGAAAAAAGAAUUUUUGAAGUAGCUAAUACAAUCAGGCAUCCAUUCUUAGUGAAUCUGUUUGCAUGUUUCCAAACAGAACAGCAUGUAUGCUUCGUUAUGGAGUAUGCUGCAGGUGGUGACCUUAUGAUGCACAUACAUGCCGACGUGUUCACAGAACCUAGGGCAGUAUUUUAUGCAGCUUGUGUAGUAUUAGGCCUACAGUAUUUACAUGAGAACAACAUUAUUUAUAGAGAUUUAAAACUAGAUAAUUUACUUUUAGAUACAGAGGGUUAUGUUAAAAUCGCUGACUUCGGUCUUUGCAAAGAAGGUAUGGGGUGGGGAGACCGUACUGGUACGUUUUGUGGUACACCAGAAUUUCUUGCUCCGGAAGUUCUAACAGAAACUUCCUAUACCCGAGCUGUAGAUUGGUGGGGCCUUGGUGUUUUAAUCUUCGAGAUGUUAGUUGGUGAAUCACCAUUCCCUGGAGAAGAUGAAGGUGAAGUGUUCGAUUCUAUUGUAAAUGAUGAAGUCCGCUAUCCAAGAACUUUGUCUCUUGAGGCGAUCGCUUUGAUGAGGCGUCUGUUAAGAAAAAAUCCUGAAAGGCGUCUAGGCUCAUCAGAAAGAGAUGCGGAAGAUGUGAAAAAGCAGGCAUUUUUCCGAAAUGUAAACUGGGAGCAGUUAUUACUUCGUAAAGUGAAACCACCUUUUGUGCCAACAAUAAAUAAUUUAGAGGAUGUGAGCAACUUUGAUAGUGAAUUCACAUCUGAGGCGGCGGUGCUUACACCGCCUAAAGAGCCUCGCCCACUUACUGCCACUGAUCACAAGAUGUUUGAAGAUUUCACAUAUAUGGCAGAUUGGUGCUGAAAUAUACAAAGCAUUAUUUACAUCAAAGCAAUUAGGUUGUAAUUUCAUUAAUAUAAACAAACAAUAAACCCCCAUUGCCUUACAUGUGUGAGAAAAUUCUGUAUUUUGAUAAUAACAAUAUUCUCUCUACAGUAGAGUGUUUAACAUGGAUCCUCUUGUUAACUCGUAUUUAAUGCAGUUAAAUGCAAUAUUUUAUAAUACAUUGUGUAAUUUAAUAAGUUUUAAAUAGUGCUAAUGUUUAUUUUUUUAAAAUAUCGUGUUAUAGAUUUAUAUAUAUGUAGUUAUGAAUUUAACUUAGAAAGUAUGUAACAACUAAUAUAAGUGAAGACGUGUCAAAUCAUUAUUACGUUUUCAGUCAAUUGUUUACUUAUUCAGUGAAAUAAAGGUA